UCCUGCAGGAUUCGGUGCUGCCGUCCCUGCCCUCCGCCCGGCAGAGCUGGAGCCCUUCGCCUUCGCGCUCGCAGCCCGGCACCUGCAUGGAAGCAGAAGCUGAUGGUGGCCCGAGAUAUUUUGGGGGUUAAAGGAUUUGAACUGCAGCUGAAUAAAACUAGGGCUGAAAAUUGAAGGAUGGCAGCAAAUCCUUCGGGACAAGGUUUCCAGAAUAAAAAUAGGGUUGCAAUCCUGGCAGAACUAGACAAGGAGAAGAGAAAGUUACUUAUGCAAAACCAGUCUUCCACAAAUCACCCUGGAGCCAGCAUUGCACUUGGAAGGUCACCACUGAACAAGGAUUUCCGUGAUCAUGCUGAGCAGCAGCACAUCGCAGCACAACAGAAGGCUGCACUGCAGCACGCACACGCACAUUCCUCAGGAUACUUCAUAACUCAAGACUCUGCAUUUGGAAAUCUUAUUCUUCCUGUCUUACCUCGACUUGAGGCAGAAUGAGGAAUGUUGUGUCUUGGAACUGCAAGGUCUGAUUUUUGUCCAUAGCAGGAACUGCCUGACCUUUUAAUUUCUUUACUUACCUUAAAACCUACUUUUUUUCUGGAUUUUUGUGGUUGCCUUUUGGGAGUGUGAGCUCCAAUGAUAAAAAAGCAAUGUUGUUGAACAGCGAUUUUUAUGCUGUAUUUCUGUUCCUCUGUCAGGUCAAAGUCAGACAUAAGACUUCCGUGGUGUGUGAAGUGCAUAGCGCUUGCUCUUCCCUGUUUCUGUGCUUCCUUUAAAUAAAUGUCCAAACCAGAGUCAUCAAGAGAUGCACACUCUG